AUGCCAGCUGGGAAGAAGCAGAAGGAAAUCUCGGGCCGAGCUCGUCCUGACUGGUUCCGUGUUCCUGCUCCUCCCCCUAAAGACGCAAGCACCAAGUACAACAAGCUCAAGGAUGGACUGCGCGAUCUCAAGCUUCAUACGGUCUGUGAGGAGGCUCAGUGCCCCAACAUCGGAGAGUGUUGGAACGGAGGAACGGGAACGAUCAUGCUGCUGGGAGACACUUGCACGAGAGCAUGCAAGUUCUGUGCCGUCAAGACGUCCAACUCUCCUCCUCCUCCUGACCCGGAGGAGCCCUUCAACACCGCCAAGGCCAUCGCUGAGUGGGGCCUCGACUAUGUCGUCCUUACUUCCGUUGAUCGCGACGACAUGCCAGACGGCGGAGCCUCACACUUCGCACAGACAGUCCAGUACAUCAAGGUGUGGAACCCCAAGAUUCUGGUUGAGUGUCUUGUGUCAGACUUCCAGGGUAUGGAGGAAUCAGUCAAGACCCUGGCGCUCUCGGGUUUGGACGUGUAUGCGCAUAAUAUCGAGACUGUCGAGCGCUUGCAACCGUUUGUUCGGGACAAGCGGGCCAACUACAGACAAUCACUUCACGUGCUCGAGCACGCCAAGAAGGUGAAUCCAAAACUCUUCACCAAGUCAUCCAUAAUGCUUGGGCUUGGAGAGACAAAAGAAGAAGUGAAGCAAACUAUGCUAGAUUUGCGUUCCUGCGGCACAGACGUUCUCACCCUCGGACAAUAUCUCCGUCCUUCUCCCCACCACCUUGCCGUGCAGGAAUUCGUUACUCCUGAAGUGUUUGACGAGCUUCGGAAGAUGGGAGAGGAGAUGGGCUUCAAGUACGUUGCUGCAGGCCCGAUGGUGCGAUCAAGCUAUAAAGCUGGAGAGUUCUUUUUGGAGAACAUGAUCCGAAGUGCGAAUGAGGAGGAGGCAAAGAAACUUCUAGAGGAUUUCAAGACUGGACAUGAGCAUCACCGAACGAUCAAGCAGAGCAAGUAGAUGAAAGUAAUAGAGCCAAAGAAAGAUGUCAAGACUCUUAUUUCCAAUUGUUGAGAUGAAAUAUUACAAUGACUGUAAAUGGUGUUCCGAGGGUCUGACAAGUUAAGAUGAGCUACAGAGGGGGAGAGGAGCAGAUCGGGAGAGAAACUUUCAUCGUCUCAUUUCUCAUCCUCAUGCUGCCCCUGAGCAAUUCCCCUGAGCUUCAUGAUGGCAUCGUCAAUUUGGGACGAGGGGCAAGCUUGCGUUGCUCACGUCCAAGGCCUCGACCCCAUGGU